AUGAAGAAAGAAAGAGCCAGAAGAAACUCCAAAACAAAAGGCCAACAGUCAUCAUCCAAAACAACAACAAACAAGAAGCCUACCAGAUGGGAGGACCCAAAUUAUGUGCAGAUCAAGAGCAACAUGCUCUCUUUUGCAACAACAAUUGACAACAUCAGACAGAGACUUGAACGUCGGCACGAUGUCUUAACACUGCUAUCAAAGACACCUUUUUGGGCAUUAAUAGAAGCAUAUAUCCAGAGAAGGUUAACAAAGGUAGAGUGCAUGAAGUCUAACUACGACAUUGUGAGACUCAUACAAGUUUAUGACACAAAGACAAAGAAGUUCAAGUUUAAUGAUGUUGACAGCGAGAUGAAAAGCAAUGAUGUGGCUGAAAAUUUUUGGCUUGCCAAACAGUGGCAAGAAGUUACCAAGCACAACAACCUCAACAAGGGCCAAAAUUGCAAUGAAACAGAAGAGGGUGCUAUGGAUGUAACAAGAUUGAUAAUCCUACAACUCUUCAUGACCAAUCUAUUCUGCAACUCUGGUUGUACACUUGCUUGGACAUAUACAACCACAAUAGACACCUUAGAAGAGAUGGGGAAAUAUAAUUGGGCUCGAGGAGUUUUGGACUACAUGUAUUUUGGAUUAGAACAAGCAAAGAAGAACAAGAAGGACAAAAAAAGCAGCCAAGCAUCUAACCUGCUCACUCCAAUUCCUGGAAGAGAACAAAUGACACCAGCUGCUGUCAAAUGGAGUCUUCAAGAACUCAGCGCGAAGCUUCAUCAUCUAAAGAACAACCAGAUAAAGAUAAAAAGCACUAAAGCUCAAGAGCCAGAUGAUGAUUCUGAAGAAGAGAAUGAAGAGAAUGAUGAUGAUUCUGAAGAAGAGAAUGAAGAGGAGGAUGAUGGUGCUGAAGAAGUGAAUGAAGAGCAUGAUGAUGAUGCUGGUGAAGAAGUGAGUGAAGACAAGGAUGAUGCUGCUGAAGAGGUGAAUGAAGAGCAUGGUGAUGCUGCUGAAGAAGAAAAUGAAGAGGAGGAGGAUGCUGAAGUGAAUGGAGACCAUGAUGAUGCUGCUGAACAUCAAGUCCAGCAACACCACCAGGUACAAGAAGACCUCCAAAAUGAAAUCCCAGAAUACCGGAAUUCAACGUUGUUUGAGGAAAUUGUUAGAUCAGUACCAGAAUACAAGGAGGAUGAAAUACAGCUUACAAAAGAGUAUAUGAUGGCGAUCAAUAAUGCUGCUGAAUAUUGGACGAAGAAAGGAGAGCAUCAAAAGAUCCGUGAUGCAAUAGCAUCUUGCAUUAAAAAGAAUAAAUUGAUUCAGAUGCUGUACAAUGAAAAAGAAGAAUUAUUGAAGCAUCAGCAGCAACUGCAGAAGAUGGUUAAGGAAGCAGCACAUCACAAGAAAGUCAUACAAUUAGAUGUUCAUCAGGAAAAUCCUACAUGA